AAAACCACUGCAAUAAGCCGAAACACAAAUACACUAAAUGUGAAUAUUAAAUUUUCAAUUUCAAUUUUUUUUUUUUGUUACUUACACACAAACAAACAAACAGACAGGCACAUGAAGAAUAUGUUCCCGGGAACAAUGGAAGAUCAUCUUAAGAUGAUUCGAUGAUUCGGAGAUAAUGGUGAUGGUGAUCAUUUAAACCAAAAUUUGGAAAUCGAAACAAGAAAAAAAAACAUCUAAUUCUUCUGGAAACAAACCAAUCAUUGGAUCUAAAUUAACUGAUUGUGAUGUAUUAAUAAAACAAGCAGGACAAUAUCGGGUGAAAAUAGCUGAAAUGUUAAUGGAUAAAGAAUGUCGUAUUUAUAUAUUAUCGGAAAAUGUACGAACAUUUGUAUCAUUAAAAUAUGAUAAUGGUAAUAUUCAAUGUAAUGAUAAUGAAUAUGUUGGAUAUUAUGAUGGCUGGUAUUGGUAUGAUCAAUAUUUUCCUGUUAAACGUGAUCGUCAACAUGUUAAACGUGAUCAAGAUAAAACGAUAUGCCAUAAAAAUAGACAAGUGAAUAAAAAUCCGGUUUGGAUGUCACAAAAUGCUGGACAAAUUUAUUAUCGUAUACAAAAAGUAAAUACUGGUUUUGAUUUUACUGUUCAAUUUAAACCUCAAGAAUCGGCUGCGGUUAGUUUCCUUAUGGCCGAAACCAAACAGAACAUAUAAAUUUGAACUUUUUGCUGAAAAUCGAGAAAAUAUUGUACUAUCAUUAUAUAUUUUACAGCCACCAUUUUUAAUACGAACAUUUGAAGGUAUGAUGAUGAAAAUUUUAACACUUGAUGUUGGUGAUUAUUCAAAAAAUAGACAGCCUGGUAAAUGGCCUAGUCCAUGUGAUAAAAGUGGACGAAAUAAUUAUGUACAAAUAGGUGGUUAUUUGGGCGAACCUGAAUCUCCUUUGGAUGAAUUACAAGUAUAUUAUGAUGUUUGUAAUGAAAAUAGUUUUAAUCAUCAAUUUCCAAUAAUAUGUCCAAAUAUUGUUGUACGUAUGGUGGUUAGAAAAUUGCUAACACAAAUUAUUGAAUUUCAAUUUCGACCAAUGUCAACAAUGGAGGUAUUCAAAACAUUACAUUCGGAACCAUUACGUUUAACUUGUUCAAAACAUUCAUCAACAAAAUUUCCAACGAUACCGAUGCCAGUGAUUGAUUUGUUUGAUGAUAAGCCAUAUACAGAAGAUGAUGAUUAUUGUCAUCAUUUGCUCAAAGAAGAAGGCUAUUAUUUUAUGAGAGUCGAUGGAUUAACAUUUAGACGUGAAUGUGCUGUUUUUUUAUUGGCACCACCAAGAUUUCUUAUCGAAGUAGAAAUGGUACAAAUACAUUUACCACAGUUAUUUUCAUGUGAUUAUUAUGGUAAAGGUAAAACACAUUUAGACUUUUUCGAUGGUUGGGAUUAUCACCGGGAAUAUAUACCAAACGAUGAACAUUCGAAAAAAACAUUUAGACAACGUAUGGAAACAACAUGUGCAUAUGUUAUUGGACAAGAAUUUGGUUUUAAUAAGCAAAAAAAAAUAUUUCGUUCAUCACAAAAUAUUGCACAACUUCUUUAUCUUUAUGAACAUCCAACAAUAACAAUUAUCGAUACUAAACUUGGAUUUUAUUUUCAUGUUCGUUUUAUUUUUGAUCCUUAUCCUUGUAAUACCGUUGUUCAUUUAAUUGCAACAACCGAUGGAUAUUUACCGACAUAUUUGGUACAGAAUAAUAAUGUAAAACAUCCAACAAAUUGUUCCAUUUAUUUGGUUGAAUCACCAUGGGAAAGAACAAAAAUAACUGGAAUAUUAUUGAAUUUUAUUGAUUAUGAUAUUGGUAAUUUUCCAAAACCACUGCGAACGAAACGAUAUUCGCAAAAAUAUGAUGAACAAUGUACAGGAUUAAGCUUGGAAGAUUAUGCCGAAGUUGAUGGUGGCCUUGUAUUUGGUUUCGUUACACAUAUUAAACCAUCUAAAUAUCAAUGGUGUACGGAUGUCAAAACAAAUCAAAGUUUCGAUGUUGUACUUAACGGUUGUCGUAGUUCAGUCAUUCAUCUGGUAUCCAGUGGAAAAUCACAUAAUUCUGUUGUAUUUAAUGUACAACCAUUAUGGAUUCGAGAUCCAACAAAACAUCCGGAACCAGAUCGAUUUGUGCAUUUAAAUUUAUUUAAUAUGUCUUGUACAGAUCAUCCAAAAAUGAUCCUACUAAACCUGUUGCAUUGAACCGAAGUAUAUGUAAUGGACUGAUCACUAAACCUGGUUAUUAUUAUUAUCGUGAAACAAAACAAACAUUUGAAGAAUGUCGUACCACUGUUCUGGCUGAU